GUAGCUGCAGAGUCGCUGCGAGGUCCGCGUCGCUUGUGUAGUGGCGGGGGUGGCCGUGGCUUCCCGGGAGCCGGCCUCUGUGGACGCUGCGAGGCGGAACGGAGCGGCGGGGCAGGAGCUGUCCUGGGCUGCCUUCAUCCCGCGUGCAAUUUGGCCCCCGACCCCCAUUUUCCCUCCAAACCCUCUGGGAGCUCUCUUUCCAAGCAGGCCAUGGAUACCUCGACGUCUUUGCCUCCUGUACCUCCCUCCCCCAUCUGCAACCCAGCCCCACGGACAAUCCAGAUCGAGUUCCCGCAGCAUAGCUCAUCGCUCCUGGAAUCCCUCAACCGCCACAGGCUAGAGGGAAAGUUCUGUGAUGUGUCGCUCCUGGUGCAGGGCCGGGAACUUAGGGCUCACAAAGCGGUGUUGGCUGCUGCCUCUCCUUACUUCCACGACAAGCUUCUUCUGGGGGAUGCGCCGCGUCUCACCCUGCCGAGUGUCAUUGAAGCCGAUGCCUUCGAGGGACUACUCCAGCUCAUUUAUUCAGGGCGCCUCCGCCUGCCUUUAGAUGCUCUCCCUGCUCAUCUCCUUGUGGCCAGUGGCCUUCAGAUGUGGCAGGUAGUAGAUCAGUGUUCAGAGAUUCUUAGAGAACUAGAAACUUUAGGUGUUGGAAUUUCCGCCCGUGGGGCAACCUCCUACCACGCACUUCUCUCUACCACAACCUCUCCAGGAGGCUGGUGCAUUCGCUCUUCCCCUUUCCAAACACCAGUGCAGUCCUCUGUGUCCACUGAGAGCCCGGCUUCUACUGAGAGCCCCGUGGGAGGGGAGGAAAGUGAACUGGGAGAGGUGUUGCAAAUUCAGGUGGAGGAAGAAGAGGAGGAGGAGGAAGAAGAAGAAGAUGAUGAUGACCAGGGGUCAGCCACACUUUCUCAGACUCCUCAGCCUCAGAGAGUAUCAGGGAGUUUCUCCCAUCCUCAUGGAUCCCACCCACUACCCAUAUCUGCUACUCCCUGCAGGCUUGCAGAGGGUGAAAGUGCACCACUUGAGCUUCCUGCCCCUCCUACUGCACUGCCCCCCAAAAUCUUCUACAUUAAGCAGGAACCCUGUGAGCCUAAAGAGGAAAUAUCAGGAGGUGGAACUCAGUCUGGAGUAGCAAAGGAGGAGACCAAGAUGUUUCCUGAAGGCAACACUGAAGGGAAUGGAGAUCUAGGAUUCUUGUUUCCCUCAGGGACAGGGGCAACAUCUGGGGGAGGGGGUCCAUCCUGGAAACCAGUGGAUCUUCAUGGGAAUGAAAUCUUGUCAGGGGGUGGAGGGCCCGGGGGAGCAGGGCAGGCUGUGCAUGGGCCUGUGAAGCUAGGGGGGACACCCCCUGCGGAUGGAAAGCGCUUCGGUUGCUUGUGUGGGAAGCGAUUUGCAGUGAAGCCAAAACGUGACCGGCAUAUCAUGCUGACCUUCAGCCUUCGGCCCUUUGGCUGUGGCAUCUGCAACAAGCGCUUCAAGCUGAAGCACCAUCUGACAGAGCACAUGAAGACCCAUGCUGGAGCCCUGCAUGCCUGUCCCCACUGUGGACGUCGGUUCAGAGUCCAUGCCUGUUUCCUUCGCCACCAGGACCUUUGCAAGGGCCAGGGCUGGGCCACUGCCCACUGGACUUACAAGUGACUGCUGAGGCCAUGCACCGACUUCUAAGAUAGAUAACCACUGCUGCACAUGCAUACUUACCCUCACUAACAUGGUACCCCGGUCCAGAAUCUUGUCAUCAUUCUGAGAGGAGAGAUAUAUUGUGGACCUCUUGUUCUUGGGUAUGAGUCUCUCAGCCUGGCAGAUUUGCAAACUCAGUUCUCUCAUCAUAGUCCAGGUUUUGGCUAGCCAGCUCUAAAGGAAAGUUAUUUACAGGUCAUACUUAAUUUGAUCAUUUGCUCAUAAUAGGCCUUCUUUUUGUAGUGGUGAUGUUAAUUGAGGAAAUCAGAUUCAGAUUAAAAGUUUGUUUGGUGAGAGAAGAGUCAGAGCAAAGGACAUAGUGAUAAAUGUUUUAUUUAGUCUCCAAGAGGAAUUAAAGGAGUUGGUCUCCAGCUAGGGAUACAUUUGAUCCAGAGCUUGAGUAAUUCAGAGGCUAAACUCUGAACUUUCCUCUCCCUCAUCAUUGCUGGAAUGAUGUAAGCAGUUCCUUUUAUGUACUUUUUUGUAUUUUUUCAGAAGCGCCUCAGAUUGUUUUUGCUUUCUCAUCAGUAGGCACCUUCCCAACACUUUUUUAAAUGUUGUAGUUGAGCACUUUAACAAAUUGAGCAUUCCAUGUGUUGUUCCUAGAAGUCUCUUUAAUAGAGGGAAUUCCCUCAAUAGCCUGUGCCUCUGGUCUACCUUUGACCCCCACUGAUAACUCAUAUAUUGGUCACAGUUAGUUGGAAUGUGACCAGUGAACUCAGGAGAUGGCACUGUCCUAAAGUGCUCUCAGGGUGGCACCACUGCUCUCUGAACAAGUUGCGUUGGUCUGAGGGACUGACACAGCACAUGUUGAAGGCUGGAGAGUAACUUGCAUAGUGGGACCUUUCCCAUCAUGCCCACAUAUGAUAGAGAGCCCACAUAUGAUAGAGACAGCUCUCUAUUGAGAGGUGGAGGGGUAGAUAUUGGAAUGGGGAGGGGCUUGCGGUUGCUUAAAUUUUUUCCAAUAAACUGUGCCCUGAAAUCUAACCUGA